AUGAAACAAGUCCAAAAUCGGGAUACACAAAUGUUGUUAGAAUAUUUAGUAGUUAACAAACGAUUACCCGAAGACAAAACCCAGUACAGGAAAAGACAGUUGGUUCGCGAUCAAGGUAGAUCUAAAAGAGCAAGAUACUUAAAAGAGGUAGCUAUUGGGUAUCAUAAAUUAAUGAGUAAUAGUCCAAUCUAUACUAAUCUGGUUCCAGCUAGUAAUCUUGGGUUUUUUGACCAAGAAUGGCUCACUAAAGUCCAAGAAAUGGAAAAGAAAACCCGCGGUCAUACUGAAAGGUUUCGAUGGGACAUGCUUUGGGAAAUGCUCCCUCUUUGUAUUAGAGAUUAUUUAGGACACGAAAGUCUGAUUGAUGUUCGUGUCAAAGAGAUCAUUAAGUUUUUUGUGGUUCGUAAUGAUCAUAUCAAACACGAAGUUGAAAGUAGAUACGGAUUGCCCAAACGAGAUUUAGGUCAGUACUUGUUUUUUGGAGAUUUGGUUGAUGAUCUGCAACAACAGGUAGAACAACUGCACUUUGCCCUGGGCAAUGAGUCUCUAAGACUGCUUAUUUUUAGAAAGGAGUUGUUAGCUACAAUGAAAAGCUCCCUGUGGUACAAACUAGAUAAGUGUGGCCAGUUGUGUUUACAUUAUUAUGACUUGGAUAAAUGGGGGCACAAUCUUGAAUUUGUGGAAGAUGGAAUUCUAGAGAACUUUACAUUCGAAAGCAUAGUUUCUUCCAUUGUUUGGCCUAAGUUAGAUAUACAGUUAGAACUAUUAGAAACGGGCCAAGUGUUAGGCGCCACAAAAGUAGUGAGGGCUACGGUUGAUGCUAAUAUUCAGAAGAGCCUCAUUAGUCGAGGUCUUGUUAAUGAUCUAAUGCUCAGGGCUGGAAUAGAACCCAAAGGGUACUUCUUUCCACCCCAUGAUAUGAAGACUUGGUCGCGCAUUGUUUGCGGCAACCAGCCCCAUAUCAAAACCCUGCCUCAGUAUCCUCUUGAAUGUAACAUUGUGGAGACAAGUGAAGAGAUACUGAUCCUUAGUGAGCAGUGGUUUCAUGAAGGCUACAACAUCAGAAUACAACAGGAUCUGCUCCACAGUCAAACAGUUGAUGCUUCAAAUGAGCCGCAUCUUGAAUCAGAUGACCAACUUUGCCAAGUACACAACCAGCCUAGCGAUUCAGAUAUUAACCACGAUCAAAUGGCUCUUCGUGUACUAACUCAGUUACGCAACCAAAUUAAAGCCCAGCACCAAGCCGAUAUCAUACAUAAAUUUACUCCCAAUCCAGUUUUCAGCCAUACUGCCUUGGAGCUAACCACAAUUAACAAUGCCCGCAAUAUUGUUGGCGAACCAGCUAGUUUUACCGACAAGUCCCUGGCGGCUGCCAAGACUAUCCUAACCCAGUUGAUCAAAAAAGGUAUUAUCAAACAGGCGCCCAGUCAAACAGGAUUUUCAACGGCCUACUUAAUCAACAACGAAAUACUCAUUGAUUAUUGGGAGACCAAUCGAGGCAUUUACGAUAAGGCGCCCAUGCUCCCAGACCAACUCCAACGCCUGGCUAAUAUUCCGCCCAGCUCUUACUUUUCCCAAAUAUGUCUCUGUCCCGGACACUACCAAAUCAAUCUUGAUAAAAAGUCCGCACCUCUAACUGCUUUUUCUUUUGAUAGCAAAACAAUCUAUCACUGGCAAAAAGUCCCUUUUGGAAUCAAAAACUUCGCCACUGAGUUCUACCACCAAACAGAACAACUCUUCCAACAAAACCCCAUCCCCCAAGUAGUCCAUAUUAUGAACACUUUCAUUGUCUUCAGUAAUACCUGGCAAGAAAAUGCCGUUCAAGUCUCUAAACUACUUAAGUUUCUCAAAGCCAAACAUCUCAAAAUAGAUCCACUCGCCACUAAACUUCUUAUUCCUCAAAUCGAGUGUGUUGGACACAUCCUUAGCCAGCAAAACCACAGCCCCAACCACAAACGAGCCAGUAUCUUUUCUACUAUCUACCGCCAAUCUGCCUUCAGUUUCCAUACGCCACUCAUCCAUCUUAUCCGGCAUAUUCAAGAGUUCUACAUCCCAGACCUCUACAAACGAUCAGAUCUAGCCGAUCUAGAUGAAAAGAUCCUUGAUCUCCACCAUAACCCCCAACAUUACAUCAGCAAAAAACACGAUCUCUACCUUAAAUCCGCUCUCCAUACUAUCAUCAUUGAUAUUCUCCAAAACAAAUUCCAAACCAACCGACCUUUCCAGCUCUACACCGAUGCCAGUAAUGUCGGUAUUGGUGCCGCCCUUAUUCAAGAUAAGAAAAUCAUCGGUGUCUUUGCCAAACCCCUCAGCCACAAAGAAAAGCUCUUCAACAUCCAAGAACGCGAAUUCCUCGCCAUUGUCCAGUCCGUCAAGUACUUCAAAGACAUUAUCGCCCUCUCUCCAACCUAUGUCUUCACCGACAAUCUCGCCAAUACCGUCAGUAGCAACACCAAACUCGAUCGCAUCAAGCAAUGGCGACUCCAUCUCCAAGCCUUCCAUCUUGAAAUUAGCUACAUCAAAGGCAAGGAAAACCUUCUGGCCGACUUCCUUUCCCGUAUCCACUAA